UCAUUCCUUGUGAGAACAUUCUCCACAACACAUUCAAAUAUUGUACACACAAAAUUUUGAAAAAAUUGAACCAAAAAUUUUAAGUAAUUACGAAAAACUUUUGCAACAAAAAAACUUUAGUAAAUCGAAAUUAGAUAAUGUCGAGGCCUACAUUAGCUGCGGAGGAAGUACGCCAAGGGAGUGUAGCACAGGCACGUGCGCACAAUGCCGUGAUUGGUAUUCCUCCCCGUGUGGCCGGGAAUCUUCGGACUGCCUUUGUUCCACGCACUCCACCGGCAGCUUUGAUGGCACCACUCGCCCAGGACGGCUCUGCUCCCGUGCUGCUGCCCAUCCUCGACUAUGUGCGUGAGCUGCUGAUCAAUCCCUUUCCCAGAGAGCCCGAAGCCUUGGACCUCAGGCUGGACAUUGCCGCCCACAGACACCUGCUUUACGAGAGCAUCCUCAUGGUUGUGGACAUACUAAGCAAUGUGAUUGAGGCAAUGGCAAGGGAUGCGCUCUUGAGUCUGGAUGACCAGUGUAACUUCCUGAGAUUGUGCACACUGUACUUUGCGGCCCACGACAUAGAGAACUCUCUACGACGCACCAUGGACGCAUUGGGAAUCUUUGACAUACCGACCGUUAACUAUUCGGUUUAUACGUGGCCCCGGCACUAUGUAGAGGUGACACUUGGAACACCCCACCUGGGACCUCAUUACUUUGAGAGGGGCCUGGGACACCGGGAUGCGCUCAUGGAGACGGGAUACUGGGAUGAAAACGAUUAUCCAGAUGAGGCCUCAAUCGACCCACCCGAAAACGAGGCGGAAGCCCAGAACAAUGGAGAAGACGACGACGGAGACGAGAACUAUGAAGAUGAGGCUCCUCCUUGCAUGGUGAACGAAAAUUUCCCUCCGCGACACUGAGGACAUUUAACACUUUUUUCG